GUCAUGUCAAGAGAAGAGGCGAGUGGAACCUAACUGCUCCUGGACUUUUCUUCUUUGCAAACAAGACACGAAUCAAUCUGAAGCAGUUUACAAGUUUACUGUGAAAAGGAAACUCGUUCUUUCGUUGCAUUAAAUCCUAUAACUAUAAGCUGCGGAGCGCAUUUCGGAGGAUAUUGGCGGAUCAUCACAUAAUGUUUCCAGUAGGGAGGGAGCUUGACCUUUCUCAGCGUGUUUUUGAUCGUGGUGCUGUCAUGUGAAGGAAGAGGUCCUCCAUGGGUGAGUCGUCAUGUGGAGGAAAGACAGAUGGCGACACUUGGCAACACUGUGCGACUGCCUUGCCCUGUGGAGGGUGACCCCCCUCCUCUGGUGCUGUGGGUGAAGGAUGGGCGUAAUGUGAACCCAGGCUGGACCCGCUACAAGGUUCUGAAGCAGAGCCUGAAGAUCAAAGAAGUGGAACUGGAGGAUGCCGGCUUGUACAUCUGCCGCAUCACCAAUGGAUUUGGCAGCCUCGCCCUCAACUUCACACUCAUUGUAAUUGAUGAUGCAGCCGUGACACAGAACCAAAUUCCACCAACUGCACCAGAACCAAAUGCAGAGCCAAUCCUGCAGGACCCUUUGGUGAAGCCACGAUUCAGCCAGCCUGCUAAGAUGCGUAGGCGAGUGCUAGAGCAGCCUGUUGGCAGUACAGUUCGACUAAAAUGUCUGGCAAGUGGCAAUCCAGAACCGGUUAUUACAUGGUGGAAAGACCAGACCCAGCUUCCCGGUCUGCACCACAAUAAACGGCCACAGUGGACUCUGACUCUGAAGAAUCUGCAGCCACUGGACAGUGCCAAAUACACCUGUCAUGUCUCCAGUGUAGCUGGGCACAUCAAUGCCACCUAUAAGGUGGAUGUAAUUGAGCGCACCAACUCAAAACCUAUUCUUACUGGUACUCAUCCUGUCAACACGACUGUGGAGUUUGGUGGGACAGCCUCUUUCCAGUGUAAAGUUCACAGUGAUGUGAAGCCAGUGAUCCAGUGGCUGAAGCGAGUUGACCCUGGCACUGAGGGGCGCUAUAACUCCACUCUGGAGGUAGGAGGGCAGCAUUUUGUGGUGCUUCCCACCGGGGACGUCUGGUCUAGACCUGAUGGUUCCUACCUCAACAAGUUGGCCAUCGUCAAAGCUCGGGAAGAGGAUGCUGGAAUGUAUAUCUGUCUUGGGGCUAAUACCAUGGGCUACAGCUUUCGCAGUGCCUACCUCACUGUACUUUCAGAUCCCAAGGUGGAAAAGGAAGUCAUUCCUCGCCACAUUAGCCCCGGACUUCCCUGGCCAUUGAUCAUUGGCAUCCCUGCUGCAGCCCUCCUCAUCGUUGGAGCCAUCGUGCUCUGGUUGUGUCACAGUCAUAGGCGGCAGAGCGCUUUGCCUCCCAGAUCGAUGACCUAUCGAGACCACCACAUUCCAGACAAAGAACCCAGCAUGCCCAGCAGCAUCGGCCCUGAAAUACCCAACCAGAGACUAAUGGGAAUGGGGCCCCCAACUCUCAGUGGUCCCUCAAAGAUUUAUACCAAGGUCUACUCGGACCUGCACACUCACACGCACACACACUCCCAUGCACACAUGGAGGGCAAAAUGCACCAGCAUUUCCAUUACCAGUGUUAACCAGUUACCAAUGUCUUCAUCAGUUUACCAGUGCUGCUGCUUAUGUUUUCAUGAGCUCUCUAAAGCCACCGCUUGAGGACCACAAAUGUAUUUUAGAACUACACAAGACUGGAAGCAAUUUGGAGAGACCCAUGAGUAUUGAUAAAAAAGCUUUUCAAUAACACAAUGUGGAUCAGAGAAGCAUGUUCUGGUGGAUCUCAUUUACAUUGAAUUUCUUCAGGUCAGGGAAAACGUUUUGCAGUUAGUAAGGCUGUAAUGGACCUAAAAGUUGUUUCAACUUAUAAUAGUGAAUUCAGCCAACCAAUGUGAGUGCUAACACUCUUGAGAACAAUACUGGGACCCUCUGCUAUAGACAAGCCAAGCAUUACACAGGAAGUGCAGUGGAAAUACUUUAUAUUUGGUAAAACUGUGAUGAUAUCUGUUAAGAGAAAGCUAGUGGCACAAACAAGGCUGUUUACAAUAUGUUCAGUACUUUACUGUCAGUAAGUUAGAAAGAUGUGGUGUUUUCUGCUCCUUUGUUUGUUUGUUAUAUGUUUUGCAACAUUAUAUUGUGAAGAAACUAUGCAAGAAAAUCGUGUACUUAUGUCAGGGAAUCUGGCUGGAUGGUUAAAUGUAUAGGGGGUAAGGGCUUCUGUUGUAUUAGCAUUCAAAUGUAUAUUGUGUGUAUGUAUUCAAGCUCAACUUUCUAUUAAUUGCAGUAUUACUUUAAUGUACUUUCUCUAUGCCAAGACAAUCACACUGUUUGCUAAUUGCAAUAUGAGCAAACUGUAUUUUAUUUAGCAAAUUAUAGAUGGACUGUAACCAUGGUAAUUUACCAAUACUAUUUGAUGAUAAUACAUUUUCCAUCUCCCAAAAACACUAGUCACUCCAGCAGGUCUUUAGAGAGACAUGCUGUCUACAGAAUACAAAUCUCUUCAGUCCAUAAAUGUGAUAUGUAAAUGUUUAUCUAAGAUACUGCAUGCUGCAAUUUUACUUUGGUGCUCAUUUAAGGUUAUUUUAAUAAUAUCUUUGUGAAAAAUAAAUAAUUUUCUAUUUUCCCCUGUGCAUUUACAGUUUUACCCCAAAUAUUUCACACAAAAGUUUGCAUGUUUUUGGUGGGAAUUGAAAGUUGGUUGCCACCGCAGUGGCUGUUGACUCUGUGUACCCUCCCUAGCAUGGCCUCACACCACUGUUAGUUCAACCGGCGGAGGAAUGCAAUGAGAAAAUCAAGUUAUUCUUUUCAACACCAGGAACGAAGGGAUAUAUUCCCAGCAGGAUUUAAUGGGUAUUAAUAUUUGGAUAGGGUUACACAGAGGGACUGCAGUUCGCAUGGCUUUUCCCUGUGGAUGACAAUGGCAAGAAAAACUCCCCCACCAAAAGCCCCAGAGGUGAGUGCUGACUGAGCACUGGACUUUUGACCUUUUGCAAGAAAAAAAGGAGGAUAAAUACUGAUUGGAAGUAAUGAAACAGUUCUUUAAAUGAAAGAACUGCAGUCCCUGACAAACCAAUUACAGAGGCAAUGUAGACAAGCAAGGCUAGUCUGCCAUCUAGUGGCAAUAUUUGGUGUUACCAGUCAAUUGUGCAAUUACAGUGGCUUAAACAAAACUUCUACUCUACCUGUUUACUAAAAAUUGAGUUACAUAGUAAGUUCCUGGAUUACUAUAGAGCUAAAAUAUAUAUAAAAAAGUUUUUAUUUAGUUUAUAUUUUGGGUCUUUGUAAAUAUAUGCUAAUAUAUAAUAUGUAUUGUGAAGUUUUGUUACAACAGGGAAAACAAUAGCAAAUUAUUCAUAAUUGCAGAUAGUGUCUCCAAUAGUACAGUAUCCUCCACUGAAACACAACAGAAUGUUCUUUGAGCUUCCUGCAAACCAAAAUACAAGUUUCAGAUGUUGAUUCCCCUUGUUUGAUAUCAGUGCAAUGGAAACUGCCUUUAAAAUAAUUUCAAACAUCAUUAAUUAAAUUAUUGUGUGUG